AUGACGAAUUUACUCUCAAGGGCCGUGUCAACUUUGUCCUUCACAACCCCCCGUUGGCAACCGAACCCCCCCCAGACUCCUGGUGAGACCGUCAUGACCAUCACCGGCGACCUGAGCACCCGCGACUUCAAGGAUGUCGAGCGUAAAGGAGGCCCCCGUGUAGUCACCUGCUACUCGGAUGGCGACCCAACAAUCAAGCACAUGGCCAAAAUAUUCGACGCUUUGGAUCACCCUUUGAUGGGUGAUCCAAACUGUGACCUCCGCCCCCGGGAAACCUGCGGGUUUUCUGCGCCUGGGAACGAGAAAUUCAGGCACAUCGUCCCGACGUACCAUGGCAGUUGGACGUUUGCCCUGCCGACGCAUCAGGCUGGCAAGCCUCGGUGGGUGAGGAUGGUGCUGAUGGAGCAUUUUGAAGGGGAAGUGAUGGAUAAAAUCAUGGGCAAACAAGUCAUACCCAAGGACGACGACGACGACGACGACUACAGCGAACCAAACAUUAAAUACACCCUCGACUACGGCAAACUUCCCCCCGAAGCAGACCGUCUCUCCAUCAUGAAACAAAUCAUCGAAACCGAAAUCAGGAUGAUGUGGAACGUCGAAAUUAGCAUUACACCUUGCAAUGCGAGGCUCAAGACGGAGAAUAUCUUUGUCUGCAACGACGGAUCCGUCAAGUUCAUCAGUUUUAGAGAGGCAAAGGUGUACCGCUAUCUUGACGAGACGGAGGAUCACCCAAACCAGAUCUAUGAUGGGCGGUGGGACUCAGGCGUGCCAGCGGCGGAGAUGAGGCCGAUGAAGUCUCCGAUUGAGAGAUACUGGUCUAAAUGCUUCCUCGAACCUUUCGAUCGUUGGCUCCCAGAGGCCUGGGAAAAGAACGAGGAGUUGGCAAACGAGUGGUUGAUUGACACGUUCGGCUCGGAGAAGGAGUUAGAAAAGUAUGAGCCGAUCAAAGACGAGUGGUUCUGGGAGAGAGAGCCUAUAAGGGACAAGGCGAAAAGGUGCGCAAGUGGUUGGAAGAUCAUGAUCCGGACGAGAGGCCCUCCAAGAGAGCUCGGCAUGUAUAAUUCAACAGGACUAUUACUACUAGUUGGACUUCUUGCAACAUCUUUCAAGGCCUUUAUAUUUUAUGUCAAAUCUUCCCCCAUGUGA